AACUUUGCUCUCUGAUGAUGGAUAAUGUUUCCGUUGUUAGAAGCUUUACUCUCACAGGGAUGAAUGAGACAAUGGACUACAGAGGUGCAAUCUUCUCGCUCUCUUUGGUGUAUUACUGUGUGAUUUUAUUCUUAAAUAUCUCCCUGGUUGUCCUUAUUGUGUGGGAUGAAAACCUGCAUGAACCCAUGUAUGUUUUACUGUGCUGUGUUUGUAUUAACGCAGUUUAUGGCACCACUGGUUUCUAUCCUAAAUUCCUGUUAGACCUGCUGUCGAUUGCUCAGGAAAUCUCCUACGAGUGGUGCCUCUUCCAAGCUUUUGUCAUGUACUCCUUUGCCUGCUGCGAGCUGUCCAUCCUGGCCGUCAUGGCCUACGACAGGUACCUGGCCAUCUGUCGCCCGCUGCACUACCGCUUGUUGAUGACCAAGAGGAGGCUCUCUCAGCUGGUGAGUUUCUCCUGGCUAACUCCUUUCUGCAUAUUCUCCAUCAGUAUUCUGCUCACAUCCAGACUGGAGCUGUGCAGCCUGAAGAUUCAGAGACUCCUCUGUGUGAACUGGAUCAUCGUUCAGCUGGCCUGCCCAGGCAGCAACACCCUCUCAAACAGCAUCGUCUCAUAUGCCACAAUUUUCAUCUAUGUGUCUCACGGCUUUUUCAUCAUCUGGACUUACAUGCACCUCAUCAGAACGUGUGCAGCCUCCAAAGACGACAGGGUGAAGUUCAUGCAGACGUGCGUGCCUCAUUUGAUCUCUCUGAUCACUUUUCUCACUGUGAUUGUUUUCGAUUUGAUGUACAUGAGGUUCGGCUCUGCAGGUUUGCCUCAAAGCCUUCAAAACUUCAUCGCCAUAGAGUUUCUCGUCUUUCCCCCGAUGAUGAACCCUUUGAUAUAUGGAUUUAAAUUGACCAAAAUACGCAACAGGGUCCUGAGUUUGAUUGAUCUAAGAGGGCGAUGAAGGAAAGAAGGAUUCAGUUUGUGUAUUUCUGGUGUCAUUUGAAAGUUUUUUUCUUUACAUCGUUAAUAUAAGCCAUCCGGAUUGUACAUAUGACACCUCAAA